CUGUUCCGACCCAUCAAUCUGCGGGUAAGCAAGCAGCAGCACCCUAAUCAUCCACCUACCUCCCCUCCCGUACUUCGGCAUUGGAAUUAACCAAAAAUCCGACCUGGCGACUCAGAGCUGACGGUAGAAUGCUGAUCCCUGCCCCGUCUUCGGUCGAAUCCUAGCUCGCCUUGAGGUAGCUUGUAUCAACCGCUACGGUCUAUCCGUUUCUGGCACCUGUCAGCUCCGACAUCGUUUGCGGCUUUGUCUCUCAUUCAUUCCUCUCCCCUCCCCACCACCAACAUCAACAUCCUGUGACUGAACCCACCCCCCUCCUGCGUGGGCCACCAUUCGCCCUGCCCGCCUUCCUGGAAUUUGCAGAGGUUCGCCUCACCCUAGGGCCCUCAUGGCCCCGAAGGAGGACAUGCUGCCCCCUGGCUGGGAGGAUCUAGACAGGCAGAUGGGCCAGCUGUUCAUGAUGGGCUUUGACGGUACCUCCGUCAGUCCUCAGAUUCGCUCCCUGAUUGAAAAUUACCAUCUGGGCUCCGUUCUGCUAACAGCCAAAAAUUUGAAAUCUGCAGAAGAGGCCACGCAAUUGGUCCUCGAGCUGCAAACGAUCGCCCGAGAUGCUGGUCAUCCUGUGCCACUGCUUAUUGCCCUGGACCAAGAAAACGGGGGCGUGAAUAGCCUAUACGAUGAAAUCUAUAUCCGACAAUUCCCCAGUGCUAUGGGCAUUGCUGCGACGGGCUCGAAGUCCUUGGCCCAUGAUGUUGCCGUGGCUACUGCCCAGGAGCUUAAAGCCGUCGGAGUGAAUUGGAUCCUUGGCCCCGUUCUAGACGUCUUGACCAACGUACGAAGUCAGCCUCUGGGGGUUCGUACUACGGGCGAUGAUCCCCAGGAGGUAUCCCAAUACGGCGUGGAGUUCCUGAAAGGCUUUAAGGAGGCCGGCCUGGUGACCUGUGGGAAGCAUUUCCCGUCAUAUGGUAAUCUAGAGUUUCUUGGCUCGCAGACAGACGUGCCUAUCAUUACCGAAUCGCUGGAGCAGCUCAGCUUGACUGCGCUGGUUCCGUUCCGGAAUGCCAUCGUCCAUGGGCUAGAUUCGAUGAUGGUAGGGGGCGUUUCCAUGUCAUCCGCCGGGGUGAACGUCAUGCACGCUUGUUUGAGUGAGCAGGUGGUUGAUGACCUUCUCCGGAAAGACCUGCAUUUCAACGGCGUAGUCGUCUCGGAAUGUUUGGAAAUGGAGGCCCUCACUCAUAACAUCGGGGUAGGCGGGGGCACCGUAAUGGCAAAAAACGCGGGCUGCGAUAUUGUUCUUCUCUGCAGGUCAUUUCCGGUCCAACAGGAGGCCAUUAACGGGCUGAAACUCGGCGUGGAGAAUGGUAUUAUCGGUCGGCAGCGCAUUGAACAGUCGCUACGCCGGGUCCUAAACCUAAAGGCAAAAUGCACCUCCUGGGAGCAGGCCCUUAGCCCUCCGGGCCUUCCCUCCCUCACGCAGAUGCAGCCCUCGCAUACCAGUCUUUCCAAGAAAGCCUACAACAGCUCGAUCUCCGUCGUUCGGGACAAGCAGAACUUGCUUCCCCUGUCCAAUAUCCUAAUGCCAAGCGAGGAACUGUUACUAUUGACUCCCCUAGUGAAACCGCUACCGGCCUCGGCCGUGUCCCGCUCAGUCAUCGAGCACCUUAAUUUGCCUCUGGACACGGUGGCGGGAGAUCGGACGGCCUCUGUUCUAAGUGGCGAAAGUGUUUUCAAAGAGCUGGGAAGGUCUCUUUCCCGGCAGAGAAGUGGCCGUGUAUUACACACAUCCUACACGGCCAACGGCGUGCGCCCUAUCCAUGAGAGUCUCAUAGAUCGAGCUAGCGCAGUAAUUGUUGUCACCGCAGAUGCUAACAGAAACCUCUACCAACACGGCUUUACCAAGCACGUGGCGAUGAUUUGCCGGUCACAGUUUACGCCAGCCGGGGAAGCUCGAGAGAAGCCUAUGGUAGUCGUUGCAGCCAGCUCCCCCUAUGACUUCGCCAUGGAUCCUUCCAUUGGAACUUAUUUAUGCACAUACGACUUCACCGAGACGGCGCUGGAAGCCCUUGUCAAGGUACUUUAUGGAGAAUUGGCCCCAAUGGGCUCCUUGCCGGGGUCAAUCAAUCGGAGUCAGAAACUCCAUCAAGCGCGCCAGCACUGGCUCGUAGAGAAUUGGAAUGAAGAGCGGGAUGCCCACGCUUUGGAUUCUCUCUUGGAUGCGGUCAGAGCGGACUGUACUCAAGGGCAGCGCUCGGAGCUCCUGGGUGUGACAUCUAGCAGCUUUCUCCUGCGAAGAGAGGAUGUUGAUGAGGGGCACUUCGUUGUACGCAACAGCAGCACGCAGGCCCUCUACGGAUUUUGCUCAACAUACUUUUUUAGGUCCACGGGCACUGGCGUGAUCGGCUCGUUGAUUGUUGACCCGACGAGACGAAAACUUUCCAUCGGAAAUUCUCUCCACAACCGAGCUAUCCGGACCCUCCUCCAACGAAAGGGAGUAAGGAGGUUCCAGCUUGGUUCUCGCCUUCCCGGGAUCUACCUUGGCAUUCCGUCCGCCAACCAGGUUGAGCGCAAAAGGUUACGACAAUGGUUCGCGAACCUGGGCUGGAACACUGCCCUUUCGCGACCCGUCUGCAGUGUAUUCCUGCGGAAUCUAUCGACAUGGACUCCUCCGGACGGGCUGGUCCAAGGUCUGCAUAACGCAGAUGUGGCCUUUGAUCUCGUUCACGGGUGGGAUUACGCCGAUCUGAUCCUCGAUCACAUCAAGACGAAUUCCAGGCAGGGGGUGGUAGAUAUCUAUAAACUGGCCCUUGGGGGAGCGCCUCAUUCGGGGAUCAUCAGGGCUACACGACCUCAGGAUGGAGCAAUCCUGGGCAGUGUUGUCAUUUACAACGGUCGGGCGACUUUGGCGGAGCACAUGCCGGCCCUCAAAUCUACACACGGUUCAACUGGCGGGAUUUCCUCGCCGGUGAUCUCGCCAUCGGUUGGCGAAUAUGCUACCGUUAUGCAGGGCCUAGUUUUGCUGGGAAUCAAACAAAUCCGUAAGCAAGGAGCCGAGGCUGUUAUCAUGGAUUGUGUUGAUGGGGACGGCAAUUUUGAUUGCCUGGCAGGGAUGGGCUUUAGCACGCUGCACAGCUUUGAGGAGGUAAAUUGCGAUGCCUCAACAUGGACCAUGAUGACGGCUUCGUAG